AUGAGCCGGCGCAAGCACGUCACGCAGCAGUCGCUCACACAGGAUGUGCAGCCGCCCAGGGCUGGCCAGAGCGUUGUGCGCGCCCUCGGCGCGCGAGGGGGCAAUAUCGUGGAGGUCGAGUACGCGGACGGCCGCUCGACGCUGGUGCUGAUGCCGGCGCGGUUCAAUAAGAAGCUCUGGGUGCGGCGCGGGGGCUACGUGAUCAUCGACGAGAGCGAGGAGGCGCAGCAGGAUGCAGGCAGCAGGGUGACGGGGACCAUCGUGUCUGUCCUGUACGAUGAGCACGUGCGGCAGCUGCGGCGGACGCCUGGCGCCUGGCCGCCUGAGUUCAGUGAUGAGGCAGGCAGCGCCACCCUGCAGCAGCCCGGGGAGGAGGGCGGGCGCUCGGACGGCGACGACGCCAGCAGCAGCGGGGCCGAGCCCCCAGAGGGCGGGGGAGCAGGGGCGGGCGCCGCGGCCGCGGGCGGCGAAUCCAGGGUCGAAGCGGCGUCCGACAGCGGCAGCGGGGACGGCGAUGACGACGGGUCGUCGGAAGACAGCCUGGAGCCGCUGCACCAGAACAGCAAUCGGCGGGUGAUCUACUACGAGGUUUCGGAGUCUGACGAGGAUGACGAAGAUGAGGAGGACGAGGAGGAGGAGGACGAGGAGGAGGAGGAGGCGCCAUCAGGGGUGCGGCUGGAUGCGCUAGGACAGGCCGGCGCAGCCGGUCAGCAGCAGCAGCAACAGCAGCAGCAGCAGCAGCAGCGGCAGCAGCAGCAGCGGCCGUUGGGGGCGUUGUCAGAGCAGGAGGUGGAUAGUUUGCUGGAUGAGCUUGGGCAGAAGCUUACAGCCUGCGAGCUGGGCAAGCGAGCCCCCACCUGA